UGACUCAUCCCAUUCGUGAAUAACUAGAGGGCGUACUUAAUGACCGGAGUCAUCAUAAGUAUGUAUACGAUGCGUCGGUAAGGGACCGAGGGAUCGUUUUUUUCACCAAUUAUGCCAGACCUUUCCUGCAACUCCAGGCACCAGAUACUGAAUAUGCCUACGGAGUAGAACAGGCAGCAACGGCCUACCAUAUGGAGUACCUGGUUGUCCAUCCUAUUUAAGGCUAUUGUCCUUCGUCGUAAAAGCUUCUAACCACCGCAACUUUCUAUACCUUCCUGAGACCUCCUCAGGAAAUGAGUCCAACACCUUCCACAAUGCACGAUGAGAGCAAAGCACUGCAUUGCAAACAUGAAUAUCAUCUUCCCGAUUGGUUUGUGGCGGGAAAUGUCAAAGUCAAGACGGAUGAUCGGACAGGAAUACGUCUACUAAGGAACAGUAGCCCCCUCCGCAGGAAGGACAGAUGUUCUAAACAUGUUGAUAACGGUGGACGCAUCUGUGAGGCGAAAGACAAGCAAUCUGAAGUCGUUGAUCAGUUUGAAUUCCAAGAGGAUCAAUACGCGGAGCUUCAUGACCUUGCUGCGGCAGCUCUAUUUAGCAAGGCUUUGUUGCCUGGCAAGAAGGAAUGCGAUGUGGGACCUUUUGUGGCAGUGGAAGCUGGUAACUUUACCUACACCGAUGCCAUAAUCGCGCACCUAGCGAGAGAUAUAGGUGCAAGCUAUAUCUCAGUUGGAGCUGAGGAACUGUACAACCUCGCUCGUGACUUCCACCAACAAGACCACCCAGCUCAACGCUUUGAAGGCUGCUCAAUAAAAGUAGCUCCUGUUUGCAAGGAUGCAACCAAGCAACCAAUUUCCCUGGUUGAGAUCUUGAGAGAAGAUGAACCUGAUGGUUCAAAUAAACCUUGUGACUCUGAUGACUCUGAUGACUCUGAUAAAAACUUCGACGAGCCUGGUGAUCACAAUAGCGACACCGCAUACGCCAUACUCGAAGACAGAGAUUGCAUGAUCAGGUACCAAUUUGCAGCUAGCCAGUGCUCACGCACUCAGUGUUCAAUCAAGGCAAUUAUAGAUGCUCAUCGGGCAAAGGCUGUUCAGCAGCCCCCAUCACCUCACAAUCCUCACAAGGUGAUUUCUACUCAAGUUUCACCUGUUAUACUCCAUCUUCGCGAGCCUGGUGAAAUCUCCGACAUCUCCAAGGAGGUCAUCAAAAAUUUCAAGAAUGCUGUUUUGGACCGUUGGAACAAGAAUGAACAUGUGUUGCUUGUCGCAAGCGAGAACCACUACGCUAUAGAAUCUGGGCUGGACAUUGACAGUUCCCUCAAAGUUAGGUUCAAAAUGUCGCCAGAACAAAAGGUCGCAUGCAGAACAGAGAGGGCUCAUCUUCAGGCUUCACGCAGGAUCAGGAAAUUGAAGAAGGCUACACGCCACAGGCUCCCCAGAGGCUUUGCCUCGGAACUUUUAUCCGAUGCGACACUAAUGGAUAUACCUGACCAUUUAGUCACAACAGCUCUAGAACCUUAUGGGAACUACGACCGGAUAGCUAACCAAAUUCUUGGUCGAGCCUGCAUGAAAGGAACCCUGGAGCCCAGCGACAUGCACGAGAUUUUAAUGCGGGCCAAUGAUAAGAAAAGGAAAGCAGAGGAGCCACCGAAGGAUGAACUUCUAGAAGCCAAUGAGCUUAGCGUUUCUGAGAAACUAGCAAGGAUCAGGGACAAAUGUACCGAGUACGAGCUAGGGCUUUGUGAAUUUGUCGUCGAUUCAGAAGCGCAAAACGUUACCUAUGACGAUGUCAUAUUGGCGCAGAGUGUGAAGGAUCACAUGAGACAUCUGGUCCAUAUGUCUAAAAUCCGAUUUGAGGGCUCUUCGACGAUACUUCUCGAGAACACUCGGGUUACUGGAGCCUUGCUCUAUGGGCCUCCCGGCACUGGGAAAACUCAUCUAGCCCGUGCAGUCGCUAACGACUCCAAAGCAACUAUGCUAUCAAUUAGCCCGGCGGGAAUAAUGAGCAAAUGGGUAGGAGAAACAGAGAAGGCCAUUCAUGCCGCGUUUACGCUGGCAGAAAAACUAGCCCCUUGUAUACUAUUCAUUGAUGAGGUUGACUCCAUGUUUUACCGUCGAUCAUCUGACGAUAGACAAUGGGAACGGAAAGCCCUAAACCAGUUCCUCCAAGAGAUGGAUGGCUUGUCUACAGGCAAAGACACGCCAUUUGUACUCUGUGCGACAAACAGGCCUAUCGAUCUGGAUGAAGCCUUUCUGCGGCGACUCCCCAAGCAUGUCGUGUUCGGGCUUCCAGGCGAAGAAGAAAGGCUCAAGAUCCUGCAAAUAUUCCUCAAGGAACCGGACCUGGAUCCGCAGGUCAGCCUGAGAGACCUUGCACGCAAAACAGAAGGCCUGUCCGGCUCAGACUUGCGGGCACUCUGUGCAGAAGCCGCGUUGCAUUUUGCUGUGGACGAAGGGCUUUCCCGGACAAAUGAUGAAACGGGAACCCCGGUCAAACUUCAGCUGAAGCCGAGGCAUUUUACCGAAGCGCUUAGAAAUAUCCACCCAAGUGUCUCGAAUCGGUCCCAGGAGGAUACAAAAGCAUUCAAUACACUGUUCAAUCGCGAUACCACCAAGAACCCUCGGAACGAUGAGGAUGGGUCAGAUCUUGAAACUGCUUUUCUUUAGACUAUUCUGGGAUAAUUUG